AUGAUGGCCUGCACCUUCCGGCGCGCGCUCCUCGCCGUGGGCCUCACGUGCAUCUUGGCGUGCGCAGCGCUGGUCACGUAUCUGGACGAAUCCUCGUACCUCGCCAUGUCGCUCCGCAAGUUUCGCACCAAGCGCGAGGCCGCGUGGUCGACGCACGACUUGACGAAGUUUAGCCGCGCCGCCGUCCUCUUCUUGCCCGCCAGCAGCGGCAACGACCGGUUCCUCUCUGAGUUUCGCUGCCCGAUCUGCAGCUCAAUGGCGACGUGCUUCGCGCACGGCGCCACGCCGUGCGACCGCGCGACCCAGCUCUGCCCACCGUGCCUCUACACGGACGCAAAGGGCAAGAACCUGUGCUACGAACGCGUCACCGGCACCAAGAUCUGCCCCUUCCAAGGCACGCUGGCCGACUGCUCGACGACCGACGUCGUCAUUCCCAAGGUCCUCAACAAGACCGCAACAGCGACGCCCGAAGCGACGACGAUGGCACCGGAGGAUGCGUCUGUCUGGAACGGCCUUGCGAUUGCAAUGACCGUCACAACGAUCCUCCUGCUUCUCACGUUUCUUGUGCUCGGUGUGCUCUUUUAUCGCCGCCGGUCACGCCAGCUGCAGUCCGACCACUGGCUGUACGCGACGAACGUCGAUACGUCGCCUGUGCCCCACGGUGGCUACAAGGGGUCGCAUGGCGGCUUCAAACCCUCGCAGUACGAGUACCGAGGCCAAACGAACGGCGACCAGUGCACGCCCGUCAUGGCGGACAACGAGACGCAGCUGUCAGCCUGCGACGUCAUGAUGGAAGCCAAGUCGGACUGGCGAGAGAGCCGCCCUGUGAUGAUGGAAGCCAAGUCCGACUGGCGAGACAGUCGUCCGUCCAACAUUCUGCACCACUAG